AUGGAGUGUGUUACUACUCCAAUGUUUUCUCUCAUGAUUAAUGGUUCAAUGCAUGGCUUUUUCAAGUCUAAGAGGGGACUGAGACAAGGAGAUCCAAUCUCUCCUCUCCUUUUUGUGGUUUGCAUGGAAUAUUUGUCAAGGAUUUUGCAUAAAAUGAGUAAUAUGAACCAAUUUCAGUAUCAUCCAAGAUGCAAAGAGCUCAAACUCAAACAUUUGUGCUUUGCUGAUGAUCUUAUUCUCUGCUGCAAAGGUGAAUUUCCAUCUGUUUAUCUUAUUUUGCAAGCUUUCAAGCUGUUUUCAGCUUCCUCUGGUCUGAAGGCAAAUCAGCAGAAAUCAUCCAUUUAUUGCCAUGGUAUGAGUAAUGAUGUCAUUCAGAGAAUCAUUGAUGUAUCUGGUUUUACCAGAAGCCAGUUGCCUUUUAGGUAUCUUGGUUUUCCCAUUUGUGCCAAGAAAAUUUCUGUUUCUCAGUGUGGAAUGUUAGUUGACAAGAUGACAGCUAGGAUUAAGAUGUGGAGUUCUAGGAAUCUGUCUUAUGUGGCUAGAAUGCAGCUUAUUAAUUCAGUCCUGUUAAGCUUACAUAUGUAUUGGGCACAAAUAUACAUUUUGCCUAAGAGUGUGUUGCAGGAGAUCACUAAGAUCUGCAGGGCCUUUCUAUGGAGUGGUUUAGCUUACAGCUCUAAACCUAGCAAUGUUUCUUGGCAUAAUACAUGCAGUAGCAAGCAAACAGGUGGGCUAGGUUUUAGAGAUGUUGUUCUCUGGAACACUGCAAGCAUGGGUAAAUAUGUGUGGGCUUUAGCUACCAAACAAGAUAAUGUUUGGGUUAGAUGGGUGACUUCUGUGUACUUAAAGAAUGGGGAAUGGUGGGGAUACCAGCCAGGCAAUAGUGCAAGCUGGUAUUGGAAGAAAAUUUGUGAAGUGAAAGAAGUUCUGAAGCAAGUAUAUUCUGAGAAUGAGUUUAGUAAUAUGCCUCACUACUCUGUGAAACAGGUGUAUGAGAAGUUAGAAGUUGAUAAGCCUAAGGUUCACUGGGACAAAUUAGUGUGGAAUAGGCUCAAUACUCCUAAACAUAGAUUCAUUGCAUGGCUUGCUAUUCAGGCUAGACUGCAGACUACAGCUAAGCUUGCAAAAAUAGGGAUUAGUGCUUCUGCUACUUGCCUGAUUUGUGGUCAGGGGGAUGAGAUUCAUGAUCACUUAUUCUUCAGGUGUACCUAUAGUAACAUGUGUCUGAUAGAAAUGAAGAAGUGGUUGGGUUUGCAGUGUGGAAACAAAUUGCAGCACAUUUUCAGAAGCAUCAGUCACAGUAGAAGGUCCAAGUUCAGAAAACAGGUUGUUUUUGCAGCUGUUGUGGCUCUUGUGUACUUGAUUUGGAGGUGCAGGAAUACAAGUUAUUGGGAGCAGAUUAUCCCUUCUGUCAAUAGUACAAUCAGUAGUUUGAAACAAGUUGUAAAAGCUAGAAUUCAGGCAGUGUUGCCUAAGAGUGUAAGUAGGGCUGAUAGCCACUGGUUUUUGGCUUUAUAG